GGCGACGGGCGAGGGCUCCCGCAGCCUGGCUCCUGGCCGGCGCCGCCGUCCUUGCUUUGUGUCUCCGCCGCCGCCGCCGCGUGCGUCCCUCCCUCCCUCCUUUCCUGGCUCGGCGGGGAGCGUGGCCGAGGGAGGCGGCGGCUGGGGCUGAGGGGCGCCAUGCGGGUGUCUCCGGUGGGCGCCCUCAGCCUGUGCCUCAGCCUGGGCUCCCUGGCGCUCCUCCUCACCGCCAUCUUCACCGACCACUGGUACCACACCGACCCCCGCAGGCACCGCAGGAGCUGCCAGGACCGAGACGGAGGAGAAGGAGGCGGCGGCGGCGGCAGCAGCAGCAGCGCCCCCUCGCCCCCCGAGCAGCGCCGCCGCCUGCUGCCGCUCCCGCAGCUGCCCCUCCGAGCCAGAGCCAGCCCCGGCGGCGCCCGACGGCAAAGCCAGCCCCUGCCCUCCGCCGCCUCCGCCACCGCCGGGGAUGUGGUGCUGCUGGGCGGCUGGGGAGCCCUGCUGGGCCUGGCCCGGCUCCAGUCCCCCUGUGGCCGGAGGCCCCUCUUCGCCUCUCACGCGGGGCUCUGGAGGAAGUGCUACUACUUCCCAGGGAGGGACCCGGACCUCGACAGCCUCCUCCAAAGGGGUAUUGCUCAGAGAUGUACAGCAAUCAAAUACCACUUUGCUCCACCGAUACGUUUACGGAACACCCCGUUCAAUUUAACCAAGACCAUCCAACAAGAUGAAUGGCACCUGCUACAUCUAAGAAGAAUCACAGCAGGUUUCCUUGGGAUGGCAGCAGCUGUUCUUCUCUGCGGGUGUAUCGUAACUACAGUCAGCUUCUUUUGGGAGGAAAGCCUCACACAGCAUGUUGCUGGUCUUCUUUUCCUUAUGUCAGGCGCAUCAUCAUCAAAUGGAAACAAAACAAAGAGGCUUGUACCACCUUAAAGAUGCAUUAUUUCCCAAAUCUCCAUGAUCCAUCUCAUCGGUUACAUCUGAUGAAGGGUUGCUGUAAAUUCAUUAAAUUUUGAAAGUGCCACAAACUUUCUUGUUUUGCUGUUACAAACUAAUACUCUUGUUCUUUGGGGAGUGUGGCAGUUCUGCUUUCAUUGCAUGCAACGUUUCACUUAGCUUGUCCAGUUCUACUAUUAGGCAGAGUGAGGCAGCUGCUUCAGGAAGCAGAUGUUGUAGGACAGGGACAGGUGAUGAGAUAUUGGAAGACAAAGUUGUUUAAGCCACACAGCUUACUCUAACCCUCGUGUAGAAUGAAGGAUUUCCCCAUUACCAGUACGUGAAGGGUGAGCUGCCAGACCAGUUGGCUUUUCAUUAUGAAAUGGAGAGAAUUGCCAACUUGUUUUUUCCACACAGAUAGCAAAUGUCUUAAUCAGCUUUGAAGUGAUCCUGACACCUUAAAUCUAUUGAUAGCUAGAGGUUUUCAUGCCUGUGGGGUGUUGAAUCUGUUCUAGAUUUUAAUCCAGACCUUAACUGUUGGGAUAUGUGUUCUUGUAUUGUGUUAUCUUUUGUUGUGAACCGCUGUGAUCUGUAUAGGAAUAGCGGUAUAAAAAUAAAAUUUCAUUAUUUCCUUCAUUAAAGGAACUAUGUAGGAUGCUACAACCAAACCCCAAAUAGCUAUACCUUGGGAUAGUUCCUUUACACUUCAGGGGUUAGAUGAUGGCCUAUGGUGCCCCAUCCAACUCGAUACUGCUAUGAUUGUAUAAUUCUAUUCACAGUAAAAUCUAGAGAAGAUUCACCACCUCACCAGCAUGGGAUCUACCAGCCACAGUUUUGAGAAGGGAGAUGAGAUAGAAUAGGACAAAUUAGACCUGUGGAAUGCUUCAGAAUCACUAUGUAUUUCACUGGACAUUUGGAAAUUAAGAUCCUAUACAGUAUCAUCAAUAAGUAAAGCUUCCCAUAAUGUACUGACUAAUUUAGGCAGGAGCAUUCUUCCCAGUUCUAAGUUCAGUCAAGUGAAGCUGAACAGGAAGAGGCCUCUCUGGCUAGAUCUUUUUAGAAAGUCUGCCUCAUUUUCAGAAUCACUCUGAAGUGACUAAUGCCAAGAUAUGCAUAAUAGAUUUUGCCUGUUAUUUUAAAUCUGCCUAUAACACAAAGAAUUUAGCAUAACAGUAAAUCUAGCAGCCACUGUCAGAACCAUUUUCAGCCUUAUAGUUUUCCAUAACUUGUAACACGAUCCAACUUUACUCUCUCGAGCUGUCAUUUAAGUUUCUGCCUGAAUUAGGCAUUUCUUUAAGUGGAAGGAGAGUGGGAAGUCAAUGAAAAACUUUACUAUUCUUCAAAGAGAUGGAAAUGCUUCUUUUUAUGAAUCUUGAAAUUCAUAUUUUUUUCCUCUUACAAAAGAAAAAGACAAAAUGUUGGCGGGGGGGGGGGGACUAAUUAAACGAAAUGAGACUUCCCAACAGAAUUCCUUUUGCUGUUGAGGACAUUUUAUUAUGUUUUAAUUAAUUUUUUCUAACA